CGGAAGUGGCGUAGGGCGGGCCGGGAGGAGAGCUCUGUUGCUGGGCUCCGCGGAGGCGCCGGGUGGCUUCCGCCUCCCUGGGCCAUGCUCCCGCCCUGAGCAUGGGCGCUAGCGGCUCCAAGACCCGCAGCCUCUGGCCCUUCGCCUCCCCCGGGCCGGGCGGCGCCGCGGGGCCCGGCGGGGAGCAGGCCCUGGCUCGGGCGCGCGGCUGCGGCAGCGCGACCCCAUUCGUCUUCACCCGCCGCGGCUCCAUGUAUUAUGAUGAGGAUGGGGAUCUCGCCCAUGAAUUCUAUGAGGAGACAAUUGUCACCAAGAAUGGGAGAAAGCGCGCCAAACUGAAAAGGAUCCACAAGAACCUGAUACCUCAGGGUAUAGUGAAACUGGAGCACCCUCGCAUUCACGUGGACUUCCCCGUUAUCAUCUGCGAGGUCUGAGCUGCGGGGGGGAGCGUGAGCUGCUGCUGUGUGCCGUCAGUGCACCCGACCUGCCCAGCCUUACUGCACCUAAUGUAACCACACAAGGCUGCCUUGUGUCCCUGAACCACAAUGGACUGCGAGCACAGAUGCACACACUCUUGACUUUGGAGUUCCUCUUGCCUGGAGAAUGAGAAAGAGAUGGGGUGGUGCAGAAUCGGCUAGUUACCUGGAAUAGAAUUGGCUAGGGAUCUGUUCACAAGUCAGAUAAGACAUGUGAACUUGUUUAGCAACAUGCUUAACAAUACCAUCGACUGAGUCAGAAGACUGAAAUCCUUCUUGUGGCUGCCAUCAGAUGUUUGGGUGGAUCACUGAACUGCCUGUGAUGCUCGUGUUUGACGUUUUAAAGGGAGAGCCAUCCUGCCUCUCUUGCUGAACAAAAUCCCUGCUUCGCAGGUACCUGCCCCAGGUAGAGUUGCGGUCAAUUAAUUCACCUCUGUGGGGCUAGGGGCAGACCCCUAAUGCUCCUGCCCUAUGAAGUGGUGAUGAAUAAAAGGGUAGUGGUAUAGUUUAUCCUUUUGUGAGAGGUUGGUUAUGCAGUACAGUCCCCAAGUUGGUCUGGGAAUGAAGGGUAAAUGGGGUGGUCUGAGGUUAAGUUAAUCUCGAGAACCCCCCUGAAACAGAGUAGUGCUUCUCGGGAAGGUGGGAGACCAGAUUUCAUUGCAUCAGACCUCAGUCUUCUCUUUUAUACGUCCCCUUCCUUUGCUCAGCGUUAUUUUGUACUUCUAGCGAUAUGGCUGGUCUGGUCCCCAGAAUCCUUUCCAGUGGCUCUAGAUACCCUGGCUCAGCUGUUGUUCAGACCUCUCUGAAAAUCCAUUGGCCACUGGUGGUGCUCUGCAGAGCAAACAGUCCUAUCUUUGCAGCAAGAUCAGUGGACACUGCUGGAAGCAGCAGCAGUGCUUAGAGCUGAGUGACUGGGCUGGCAGCCCAUAUUAACCCGCACAGCAGGGCUUAGCUUGCCAUCCAUUAGCAUGCGUCUGCCUUGGCGGGAGCAGGCUGCGCUCCUAUUGAGUGGCGUUCUUCCCCUUCCUGAAUCUGGUGUGUUGAAGUGCAGGGUACAAGAUGUGACCUCUUGUAUUAGCCAUAGGGUUUAUUUUGGGGCUCAGUCGCUCUCGAAAUGUGAUUCUGGGUAACUUUCACGUGUUGAUCGGUUGUGGCCCGGUGCUGACAGCAUGCCCCGGCUGUGUGUAGCUGUGAUAGAGCCAAGGCAGGAAUGAAGAGAUAGCUUUUACCCUCUAAAGCAGUUGGCAUCAGGCCCCCACCCCUACCCCCGUCUUGGAAACCUCCCUGAGGUAUGAAGCGUGGGUUCUUCCACUGCACCCAUUCCUCUCUUUUUCCCUGUGGGGUCAAGAGAGAAUGCAAUGCACUUUAAUGGAAGGUUCUCUCAUCCCCACCCAACUUGAUAAAGAAACACGUAGCUAUUGGGGCGGCCCCCCUCUGCCAGCUAGACUCGUUGUGGCAGCACUGAAACUGUGCAUUGGUGCGUCUGCCACUUCAUGCCUGCUUCCUCGUUUGAAGGAUUGAGGGGUAGCUGGCUGCUGCUGAGCCGGGGUGAGACUACCGCAUCCCAGACACUAGAAUUCAUGAUCUCUUGUCUUCGUCUUAAAUGAGAAUGGGCACAGUCGCUGUGCACAGGCAGGAUGUCAGGGAUCCUUACCAUUGUCGUCUACUCCAAGAACCCUGGUGAAGCUUUAAAACUGGAUCGAGACGUGGCUCCCACAGUGGUCAGCUUAUUAGAGACAUCUCACUUCCCCUUCCAGAGCAUGUCAUUUACGUUCUGAGCACUUCAGACACUUGCUACCUCGAUUUUUAAUUAAAGCUGCUCGUGCAACGUUGCUAGCAGUAUCCAUGUGUCUGUAUUGGAUGUAUCCCUCUCCACACCCCUGAGAACAGUUCUAGGGGCUGUAUGCCAUUCUGAUAGGGGUCUGGUAGUUAGCAAUAGCAAUGCUGGGUCUGUGUCAUUGUCUCCCCAUAACCUCAGACUCGGCCUUGUUCCCUGAUCGCUCUCUGUAGUGGUUGGAGUGAAACCACAGCACUGAGGGACCAAAGGUUCUGCUCCCCCCUUCCCCUCCCCAGCUGCCAUGGAAGUUGGUUUUCACAGGUAGAAUGCUUGUUACAGCUGCAGCAGAGAGCACUUUUACACUGUGACGCUGAGCAUUUCCUUCUAGAUCAGUAUUCUUCCACCUACAUGGAAAAGUCGCUCUUAAAAAAAUAUCCUAUUAAAAAGUCUCUUGUUUGCACCAGCCAUUCUCUAGCAGGUGACUUGGGUUCAUCUCAGACCAAGGCUCACAGAUCUCCUUGAAAGAGGCACAUCUCUGGUGGCAGAGCUGGGCUGGAAGAUGCCAUCUCCAACAAAGGAAGGGAUCAAGUUAUGUGAGGCUGACUCAACCCUGGACCCCUGCUCUGAUAUGGAGAGACUUAGCUGUGAAAACUACCCCCUUGCUGCUGCUUGUGGGGUGUGUGCAGGAGACAACUUGGGCUGGGAGCCCUCCUGGCUUCUCUUAUGGAGGCGAGAGACUGCAGGAGGCCACUGGCUUCCUCCUGAGUGAAGAGCAGUAUUGGUUAGGUACUGAGUGGUGGGUGGAACCUAGCACUGAAGAAAUGAGGUGGUGUUUGGUAUGGAGGAGAGUGCAUGGGGAGAGAGAGAUGAGAACCGCUGGUCAGUAUCUUAUGCCCCCUACAUGUCCCCUGGGGCAGAAGUUGGUAGGGCAUCACCUCCCAUGUGCUUUGGUGUGGGGUGUGGUACCUGUCUUUGCAAAUGCAGGGAUAGGCUCCUUAUCCUUGUGCUGGGCAGGUUUGGAGCAGCAGGGUUAGAGCUGUGUUGUGAAUGCCAAACUGCCCUAGGGCAGUGUCGUGGGCUAUGCCAGGUGGAGCCGGCCAUUGUUAAACAAGCUCCGUGCCAAGAGUUGAUCAGAAAUGAGUGAGCUGUAUGGUGAACUAGCUCUUUUGGGGAAGACUGUGUGGAGGGAAAGGCAAGAUGCUUCCCACUAGUAUAAAAGAGAGAGAGCAGGGAGGGGGAUUAGAGUCCUGAGCAGGCUGAGCUCCCCAUUCUGUGAUUCACAGAAACUGUCUGCACACCACAAGCAGCAGGGAUGAAGGGCUUGACUCUGGAAGCAGAUGGUGUGUUUCAUGGCAGCAAGCAGGGCAGGCCGGGAGACAGUGCAUCUGGCAGAGCUUGUUGAAUGGCUUUCACAGAGGAAGCCAGGCCCUCCCCUUUGCACAGGGGUUUGUGUAGCACAUCUUCACCUUGGCAAACCCUUGCUAGGCUUGGGAGCAGGAAUGGGUUACUUACUGCAUAGUGAGUAACACUCUCGGGUUGCCCAGCCAAGACUGAAAGGCACUAGGUAUGUCUACACUGCAAUUAAAAACCUGUGGCUGGCCUGCACCAGCUGACUUGGGCUCAUAGGGCUCGGCCUAAGGGGCUGUUUAAGUACAGUGUUGACUUUCAGGUCCAGGCUCAAGGACCCUGUGAGGACUGAAGGUCUGAGCCUGAAAGUCUGCACCACAAUUAAAGAGCCCUUGAGCCUGAGUCAGCUGGCACAGGCCAGCUGUGGUAUUGAAUUACAGUGCAGACAUACCACUGUGUGCAGAGUACAGUGACUGUUUCUCACGUCUGGCCGUAACAUAGUAGCUGAGCCUUCUCAUGUUCUUUUACUGGCCGCCUUGCUUCAGAAUAGGGAGAGGUGGCCAGAGCACCCUUCGCUCAGCAAAGCACCAUGGAUAACCUAUACCCACUUUCACUGUCCUUUAAUUGCUCUGAGACAGCCUGUUGGGGAAACUCCCUCUCUCCACACACCCCCGCCCCGAGCAAUCCACUCAGAGCCUUUCCCCAAGGAAGGGCUCAUUCCACCCUACUUCUAAGUCAGCAGGCUUCCUACCCCUCUUCCUGACCCACUUCUUUCUAGGCUGGUUAGCCAUUGGGGUUGAAGCUGUGCAGUCAGUCUGCAUGGAGUCUGGCAUCCCAGCCUUUCUCUCCCCCAGCCCUAUUUCCUAGUAGCUCCGGUCCCCUUGAGCCUACACAGAUGGGAUGAGGACCACCCUUGGGAACUGUUGAAGGGAUAUUUAAAAUGUGAAGGUGAUUGUAAAUAGUAUCUCUGUCCACUAUAUUGUU